AUGCUGGACGGAAAACAAGACAAUGGAAAUGUUGAUAGUGUUGAUACUAAACAAAGAACCAACGGUGGUGGCGAUGAAGGCGACGCACUGGGCAGUCACAAUUCCUCGCAACCCAGCCGUAUUGCCAGGAUGCCUGUUGACAGAAAUGCCCCUUAUUAUAACAUGAACCAUAAACAUCGUGGGAUGGCCAUUAUUUUCAAUCACGAGCAUUUCGACAUUCACAGUCUAAAGUCGCGUACUGGCACAAAUGUAGACAGCGACAACCUUUCCAAAGUUCUUAAAGGUUUGGGAUUCAAAGUGACUGUGUUCACUAACUUAAAAUCAGAAGAAAUCAAUAAAUAUGUCCAGCAGACUGCAGACAUGGACCAUUCUGACGCUGACUGUUUACUCGUUGCUGUUUUAACCCAUGGGGAGCUAGGAAUGUUGUAUGCCAAAGAUACUCAUUACAAGCCAGAGAACCUGUGGUACUACUUUACUGCUGACAAGUGCCCCACUCUGGCUGGAAAACCUAAGCUGUUCUUUAUUCAAGCUUGCCAAGGUGAUAAAUUGGAUGGUGGUGUUACUCUGAGCCGCACUGAGACAGAUGGCUCACCUUCUGCUUCCUAUAGGAUUCCCGUACAUGCUGAUUUCUUGAUUGCAUUUUCUACUGUACCUGGAUACUUCUCUUGGAGGAACACUACUAGAGGUUCUUGGUUUAUGCAGGCCUUAUGUGAAGAGUUACGCUAUGCAGGAACGGAGAGGGACAUCCUGACAUUGCUAACAUUUGUGUGUCAGAAAGUAGCUCUAGACUUUGAGUCUAACGCUCCUGACUCAGCGAUGAUGCACCAACAGAAACAAGUUCCUUGCAUCACCAGCAUGCUUACACGCUUGCUUGUGUUUGGUAAAAAGUAA